AAUGGUUAAAAAAGCAAGUCGAUUUUGACAACAACGCGUCCUUAGUAUUAAGUCAGCAGCAGAAGCAGCUUGAACAGCAGCCACAGCAACAACAGCAGCAGCCGCAGCAGCAUCAAGAACAUCAGGAGGCAUCGCAACGUAUCGAUAUUGACUUGACGCCGCAAGGGGUGCAAGAGGAGCAAAGCUUCAAUUACGCACAGCAAGCAAAUGCGAUAUAUGCACCGUCAUUGAGAUCAGCAGCAGCCAACUAUGAGAAACUUGUGCCGCAUCAGCUGCAUCUGCAACAGCACCAUGCAACUGCAACGCCCUACAAUCUCAACAUUGUGCCGCCACAGACACACCUCGCCAUCGACGACGUUUCUGGCGUGCCCAUCUCCAUUAUGCCCAACGAGAUACCGGCCGAGGAUGAGGAGCGACUCGAGCGCAUCUUCAAUCAAUUGGAUCGCGAUGGCGAUGGCAAGAUCGACAUACACGAUCUCUCGGCGGCCCUCCACGAGUUUGGUCUCUCGAGCGUUUAUGCGGUGAAAUUCCUGCAGCAGUCGGACAAGGAUCAAAGCGGUAAUGUGGGAUUCGCCGAGUUCCUUACCUAUGUGCGGGAGCACGAGAAGAAUUUGUGCCUGCAGUUCUCGCACUUGGACAAGAAUCGUGAUGGCAAAGUGGACUUGGAGGAGUUGAUAUCGGCAUUCAAGGAUCUGGGCCUGGACGUAGACAUCGAUGAAGCUCGCAAACUUCUCGGCAGAAUGGACAAGGAUGGCAGCCUGAAUAUAAGCUUUAAUGAGUGGCGCGAUUUUAUGCUGUUGGCGCCCUCAACGGACAUUCAUGAUCUAAUCAAAUUUUGGCGGCACUCUACUGCAGGUGUGCAAAGCUGGCUUAUCUCGGUGAUGUUGCUCGGUCGCAAGUAUUCCAUGAAUAAAGAUGUGUACCUCGACAUUGGCGAGGAUAUGAAUGUACCUGAUGACUUUACGCAAAAGGAAAUGCAGACAGGUCUCUGGUGGCGACACCUGGUGGCCGGUGGCAUCGCUGGCGCAGUGUCACGCACUUGCACAGCUCCGCUGGACAGAGUUAAAGUGUUCCUCCAGGUGCAAACUUGCAGAAUGGGAAUCUCAGAGUGCAUGAAAAUACUGCUAAAGGAGGGCGGUUUUCGCAGCAUGUGGCGUGGCAAUGGCAUUAAUGUGCUCAAGAUUGCCCCCGAGACAGCGCUCAAGUUUGCCGCCUACGAGCAAAUGAAGCGUUUGAUUCGCGGCAGCGACACCACACGACAAAUGACAAUCGCCGAGCGUUUCUAUGCUGGCGCAGCAGCUGGCGGCAUCUCACAGACGAUUAUCUACCCCAUGGAAGUAUUAAAGACACGUUUGGCGCUACGCAAGACGGGACAGUACGCGGGCAUUGGCGAUGCGGCAGUAAAGAUCUUUAAGCACGAAGGUGCGCGCAGCUUCUAUCGCGGCUAUGUGCCCAAUAUGCUGGGCAUUCUGCCCUAUGCUGGCAUCGAUUUGGCCGUGUAUGAAACUCUUAAGCGUCGCUAUAUUGCCAGCCACGACAACAACGAGCAGCCCAGUUUCCUGGUGCUGCUGGCUUGCGGCAGCACGUCGAGUGCGUUGGGUCAACUCUGCUCCUAUCCAUUGGCGUUGGUGCGAACUCGGCUGCAGGCACAAUCUGCCGAGACAAUUUCUGGCCAGAUACGGAAAACACAGAUUCCCAUGAAGAGCAGCGACGCGCACAGCGGCGAGGAGACAAUGGUGGGACUGUUCCGCAAGAUUGUGCGACAAGAAGGACUCACAGGACUGUAUCGCGGCAUCACGCCAAACUUCCUCAAAGUGUUGCCCGCCGUUUCCAUCAGUUACGUCGUCUACGAAUAUUCAAGUCGAGCGCUGGGCAUUAAGAUGUCGUGAUUUGUUUACACACUGACGCUUAUGUGCAGCUGCGCUGGCGAUGUGGCAUGUGGCGGCCGUCUGCAGUGCGGAUGGCGACGUUUUGUUAUGGUGUGUGAUGUGUUGUGCAGUUGUGCGGUUGUGCUGGCUGGGCAGAUGGGAUUGCACCACUUUGUACAGUAAAAAUAAUAGGGGAUAGGUGUAAAGUGUGGUUAUGGCAUGCCCCAGCCCCAAGUUGCGCUCUCUCUCUAUCUCACUUUUCGCUGCAAACGCCAAUGUGUCGACGACGACGAAGAGAACGAGGCCGACGAUGACGACGACGUUGAGAACAAAAAUGAGAACGAGGACAGAUCCUUCUCAAGAGAAGCAAAGGACAACUGACGUGGACUAGCUGCUUUCCUUAAGGUGUAGAACAAGAACAAGUCUCUUCCAUGCUCUUGGUGUAUAUUUCUUUAUAAUUUAUAGUUAAAUUAGUUUUGGUUACUUUCUAAAAAUACAAAUUAAGUGAUACUACGGCUAAUUUAUUUAUAAACUAAAACAAAACAAAUGCAAACAACAAUGAUGUUAUAAUUAGGCAUGUGUGUGUUGUGUGUUGUAAGGACGUGAAUAUGGACAAAGAUACAAGCAAAAAACCACAAGAUCCUACAAAGAAACACAAUAGGCGCAGGCCGUUAUAACUUUAAGUGCUUAUUUAUUUAUGUUACAUAGGCUACAAACCGAGACAAUUUGCAAUCGCAGAAUGUUUAGACUAGUUAUGUGGAGCUAUAAAAUACCAAAAAAAAAAAGAAAAGAAAAGUAAA